GCCCACCAAAUUCAGUGCCACAUGGAGGUCGUCGACGGUUACGCGUUGGAUUCCUCCUUUGUCCAGAUUCCGGCGGGGGUUGUAGUUGCUCCGGCGGGAAUUCUAGUUCCUCCGGUAGGGGAUCUGGUUGUCGGUGUUGGGAGGAUAACCCACCUUGAUAGAAUAGUGACUGUGGAGGUGUUUGCAUCACCGAUGGCGAAGGUGUUUGAAACCCAUAAGGUGAUGGGGAUUGGUAAAACGAAGUAGGGGUGUGCAAAAUUCGGGUAAAACCGAAAAGAUUCUGUUAACCAACCGAAUUCGGUUAAACGGUCAGUUAACCAAAUUUUUUCGGUCAGGGGUCGAUUAAUUAGUUUUUGAUUUUUUGGUUAACGAUUAAUUCGGUUCGAAAUCGGUCGGCUAACUGAAUUUUUUCGGUUUAACUGAAAAAUUAAUAAAUAAAAUUAUAAUAUAUAAAUAGGCCCACUAUUCACCUAAACCCAAUCCAAACCCAAGUAUUCAACCCAACCCAAUCAUAAAAAUUACAAAUAAUUUAAUAAAUAAAAAUAAAAUUCUAAAACUAAAACUAAAACUAAAGUCUAAGAGUCUAGAAAUAAUUUAAUUAUGUAGUGAUUCAAUUCGAUUAAUUCGGGUAAUUCAGUUAAUUUGGGUAAUUCGGUUAAUUCGGGUAAUUCGGUUAAUUCGGGUAAUUAGGUUAAUUUUUAACCAAAAAUAAAAAAACAUAUAAUUUUCGAUUAAUUCGGUUAACCGACCGAAUUAACCGAAAAAAUUUCGGUUCGGUUAAUUUUUUUAAAAAAAUUUCAGUUCGGUUAACGGUUAAAAAUUUUGAAAGGUCGGUUAAUCCGGUUAAUGUUAUUUCGGGUCGGUUAACCGAAUGAACAUUCUAAAAAGAAGAGCUCCUCGACGGCCUCUCGUGCGAUCCCUCGUGUGACGGUGGCCUAUAGAUCGGCGGUGAACCGGGCCAUGGAUUCCAACCUGCCAUAGGACUAGAAAAAGAAAACAUAUAAGGGUUAGGAUACAUAAAAAGGGCUAGGAUACGCACUUGGCAUCAUCUAAAAAGGCUGUGCUGUGGGUGCUGUUGCUGGGCCUGGUGAUCGUAUGAGCGCUGUUGAUGGGCCAAGUGAUUGUGUGGGCACUGUUGAUGGGCCUGCAUUGUCGUCCCUUCUUCUUGGAUUUAAAGGGCCACGUCGUUCCCUUUGGACACGCAAUUGCCGCCGCCUCUCCUCUUCCGACAAUAAAUAUGGCUUGCCAUGGAUCCUAAACCAUGGCAUGUAUUAUGGCACGCACGCUAACUCUGGAACGAUGAUCGGUUCCUGAGUAGGUAUAUAAUCAUACCGAUCUUUCCACAUUUCGAUAUAGUAUGACCAGAAUCUCGAACAAUUCGUAUGCAAUUGCCUUAAGUCAAUUUUGUGAUGAUCAUCCAACACCUUAGGUGCCACGGGAAUCGGUUGUCGGAAUCUAAAUUGUCGUAAUACUCUAUCUGACUGGUGCAUCUCCACGAUCGUAAAGUUGACCAAUGGGACUUUCACAUGCCAAGCGUUCGGAUUUUGGAAGUAUUCAUCUGGAAUUAAUGCCCGAAUUGCUGGGUCCUCGUAUGGUGUCCAUUGAAACUAUAUGAACAUGAUGGAAAUAUUAGUUAUAUACUAAAUACUAAAUACUAAAUACGAAUUGACUAUCUCAUUAUGUAUAUCUAAUUUAUAUAAUACUUACUUGUGCUUCUGACCGUUAGUCUAAUAGAAGUCGUAUAACUUCAAGAGAGGUAGGUAAUCCAGAAUAACUUGCCGAAUGGUUCCACCUAAUUAAAUAAAUUUUUAGCAUACUAUUAUAUUUUAAAUCUAUGUAAUAAUUGUAAAAUCUAAUAUAAAAUUUACGUCGUUAUGAGUGGGAAUGUAUAUGAGUGGUCCACUCGAUGAUGUAAAAAUGGAAAGCGAAACCGUGCCCAUGAUUACAGUAGUGAUAGGCAACCUCCGAUUUUCACUUUAUUCAGUCACGUCGCCCCGUACAUCUAUCGGUACAAUGUUGCCAACACGGUAGACCCCCAACUAAAUUCACCAACUGCUCUAAAAUCAACGAGUUUCAGCAGUCAUCUCAGAUGUAUAAGGUUCCGUGAUAAGUCCGACAUCAGAUAACCUCCAAUUAUCUCAAGAAUGUAUGCCCGGGCAUAUCGUAUUCUUUCUAGUUCAAUAGAAUCAUCAUUCGACUCCAGAAAUGUGUCUCGUAACCAGCCCAUCUCGAUCCGACCUUUGUUAAUAUUAUCUGGAAUAGCACCCAAAAGCUCGUAGCAUACCGCUCCUCAAUCACCAGAUUGAACGGACCCGGUGAUUGCGUACCCGUCCACUGGCAAUCCCAAUUGCAAAUUCAUGUAUUUCAAAGUGAUAGUACACUUUCCACAUGGAAGAUGGAAUGUGUGCGUCUCGGGUCUCCACCUCUCUUGGGUCUCCACCUCUCUAUCAACGCACUAAUGAGUUUCGGGUCCAACUUGCAUCCCCGGCCUAUCGUCGCCAUGUGCCAAAAACCCGCUUCCCGCAGGGCCAAGAUGGGGUUGGUACUAUGUUGGGCCAACUCAAUUCAUGGUCUGCUAUGGUUCUGUAAUUGCUUUGACUCUUCUGGGAGGACAAUGUAUGAAGGCAAUUUACGUGCUCUCACAACCAAAUGGGAGUAUGAAGCUUUACGAAUUCGUUAUUAUAUUUGGGUUCUUGAUGCUGGUUUUAGAUCAAAUCCCAUCUUUUCACUCACUAAGGCAUAUUAAUUUGAUAUCCUUGUUUCUAUGCCUUGCCUAUAGUGCCUGUGCCGCUGCUGCUUCCAUACAUAUAGGGAAUUCUUCAAAGGGACCAAAAAAGGAUUAUGGCCUGAAAGGUGACACCGAAAGCCGAAUUUUCGGAAUAUUCAAUGCUAUCGCCAUUAUUGCCACAACUUAUGGCAAUGGUAUCAUUCCAGAAAUUCAGGCAACAAUUGCACCACCGGUGAAGGGGAAGAUGUUCAAAGGGUUAUGUGUUUGUUACACAGUACUUAUCAUUACUUUCUUCACUGUUGCCAUCACCGGUUAUUGGGCAUUUGGCAACCAUUCUGAAGGCCUUUUACUCAGUAAUUUCUUGGAUGAUGGGAAUCCUUUGGUGCCAAAAUGGUUCAUCUUGAUGACCAACCUCUUUACUAUUCUCCAACUAUCAGCAGUUGGCGUGGUCUACUUGCAGCCAACAAAUGAAGUGCUGGAAAGAACAUUUGCAGAUCCAAAGAGCAAAGAGUUGUCUGCCCGUAAUGUUAUCCCGAGGGUAGUCUCGAGAUCACUAUCUGUUGUUAUAGCCACGACAGUUGCAGCUAUGCUUCCAUUUUUCGGAGACAUCAAUGCCGUCAUUGGAGCUUUCGGUUUCAUGCCCCUUGACUUCAUCUUACCUGUCAUUUUCUUCAACUUGACAUUUAAGCCGUCGAAGCGGAGUCUUGUUUUUUGGUUGAAUGUUUCCAUUGCAGUGGUUUUCUCUGCACUGGCAAUUAUAGCAGCCAUUGCAGCAGUCAGAAAAAUAGUUCUUGAUGCCAAAACUUAUAGAUUAUUUGCUAAUGUAUGAUAUAAUCCAACCAAGUUUAUCAAUGGCUGGCCUUAUAUGUAGUCGAUACCUCGUUAAAAGUAAAGGACGGAGAGCCUGUUAUGCCAUCACAUGUUGAAUGAAUUCAGUGAAAUUGCAGAAAGAAUCAAAUAUUUGAUUUAAAUUGA